GGUGUCAGAUUUUGGGGUCAUAGGUUUUUGAGUCCCCCUAAAAGAGCAGGUUUUGCAAUGGAGGAUUUUGCAUGAAUUGGGGUGACAGGUGUUUGGGGGGCUGGAGGUCAAAGCUGGAGGGGGCAAAGGAGGUUACAUCUUGGUUUGCAAGGUUUGCAAGGGGCUAGAUCUUUUUGGAGGGGUGGGAUGGGGGUGUCAGCCCUUUGAAAUGGACUCUACUUAAUUGCAAAGAUUGAGGGCAAGAAGUGGGAUCAACAUUAGUGGAAGGAGUGAGGUCACAGUAGCAGCCUUUCUAGUGGGACAUAGGGGGAUUUGGGGUGACUUUUUAAGGGGUGGUAGUCUUUAUUUUGGGGGGCUCUUAAUAUGGCCCCUCCAUGAUUGCAAAGAUUGGUGGCAAGAAGUAGGAUCUCAAUAGCAGUGUCCCUUGUAGCUAAGUUCUUUGGGGUGACUCUUUUGGGGUAGUGGUCUUUUGGGGGGUUAAUGGCCCUCACUUGAUUGCAAAGAUUGGGACCAAGAAGAGGGAUCCCAAUAAGUGGCAGACGUGGGAUCCCAAUAGCAGCCUUCCUUUGGGGUGACUUUUUGGAGUGGUGGUCUUUUGGGGGGGAUCGUGGAAGGGAUGUCUUCUCCUUCCAAGCAAGGGUCCCCCGGUGGGGCCGGCUUGCUACAAGGGAGCCGGACCCGAUCCUAUGGCAGCCUGGUGACGACGGUGAGCUCGCCGGUGCGGGAGAGACGCAUAGAGCACCGCCUCGAACCCGGGGACACUCUCCAAGGGCUGGCGGUCAAGUACGGGGUCACGACCGAGCAGAUCAAGAGGGCCAACCGGCUCUACACCAACGACUCCAUUUUCCUGAAGAAGACACUCUACAUCCCGGUGCCGGUUGAACCCGCAACCUUGUCGAACGGGUUGAACCUGGACGAGGAAGAGGACGAGAAGGAGGGAGAAGAGAUGGCAGUGAUGGGUGCGAAAGUGGAAGAGGAGGCCAUUUUCAGCCACCCUGAGACCACCAAGAAGCAGAAGCAUCCGCGGAAAAACGGGGCCUCAGGCAGCGUCCCCAAACACGACCUCUCGGCCACGGACUUCCUCUUCAAGUUGGACUCUGAGAUCCGCCGGUCGAAGCAGGCCGCCACCAAGAAGCUGCGGGAAGGGGAGGCUGCGACUUCUGGGGACGAUCCAGAACGGCAUCGCGACACGCUGCCCUCUUCCUCCUAUCAGAACGAGCCUUCUCCACGCACCCAGCUAAGGGCCACCCUGGGCCCCGUCCCGCUCACCAAAAUCGCCCGCGCAGAUGCCAUCCGCGACCAAGAGGACGAGAUCUUCAAGCUCUGAGGGGGCUUUCUCCGCUGUCCAGCCGUCCCACCUGCCGGUUAUUCCCUCUUCUCCCUCUCUGGGACUUCUUUCGGUUAAAGUCUGACUGCUGUUUUUGAGGGUUCUUCCUCUUUGGACCCCCAGCUCCCCUCCCCAAGGAGUAGGUGUCCCUCUGCAAGAAAUGUGGCGAUGGCGCAGGAUGUUACCUUUUCCCAUAAAGAGGACACUGCAGAAGAUAACACUGUGUCAGAAAUAUCAGGGUCCAGCUGACCAUAACGGCUUGGACCCCCAGUUGGGAAAAACCCCUUCCAUGCGUAUUUUGAGAGACUUCUUUUGUUCGGCUCUUACGUCCCUUGGUUUCUGUCCCUGUUUUCCCCCGUCCCCUAAUAUUUAUAUUUAUUGCCUUAAGUGCUUUCUUUCCCAUCUCGUUUUGUGUCCCUUUUCCCCUUCCGCAUUGCACAAUUAUAGUGCCAUGAUCCCACCGCAACUGUACAGUCCUGGAGUUUGCAGUUUGGCAAGUUGUUAGAGGAUUUUAAGUACUCCUCCUUACACUGCAAAUCCCAGGGUUGCAGAGAAAGGGAAAUAGGGAAGCGGAAGCAGAAUCGUAGUGCUAUAACUGUGCAAUACGGAAGGGUCCCUUGUCUGUCUGUCUCCCCAAAAAGCUGAAAAGAAACUUCUUGCAACCCCAGAAUAGAUAUUUUUUGAGUGUGGUAGCCCCAGGAGGGGGAAAGGCUUACAUUAAACUGAUUAAAAUGGGAUCUUUUUUUAACCCUUCCGCUUUCAAAGCCUUUUUUUUCAGCAGGUCAGGGAAGAAUGGGAGAAAAUGUGAGUUGAUACAACUUUUGUGUAUAUCCUCCUGGCUCGAUCUGAUCCCUUUCUGAUCUUCUUGUUCCGGAUCCUCCGGCGCUGCUUAUACUUCCCAAAAACUGUGAUUAAAACAAGGCGUUCCAUCAA